AUGAUAAUUGGGCAGGAUCGGACAGGGAAGACCAGUCUAAAGAAGUCCCUGAAGGGAGAAAAGUUCAAUCCAAAGGAACAGAGCACUGAAGGAAUAGAGACUGAUCCCGAAUACUUUAAGGUUUCGACGGAAAUUUGGAGAACAGGUAACAACGACAAAGAAAGUGAACCAUUUUCAGAGGCUUACUUUGAGCAUCAUAUAGCACGGUCGGUAUUUGGAGCAUUAAAGGAUGCCGAGAAGCUACAGGCGAAAGAAGAAACAUCUCAGAAACAACUUGUAAAGGAACCAAGCAAAAGGAAGCCUGAGGCUUUACUUAAGUACUCAGAAGUAAGCGCAGAAAGAUACACUCUUCCGUUUGCAAACGAAGUCCCAGAACGUGUAGCAAAGCUGGUGAAAGAGCUUCUGCUAAAUAUGAAAAAGAAUGAAGAAAAGGACGAGUUAUUCUCCAUUCUUUGGGACUUUGGUGGACAGUCCGUUUACUAUGCUACCCAUCCAAUCUUCCUGACAGAGAGAGCCAUAUAUAUUUUAACUUGUGAUCUAAGUCGUGAUCCAUACCAGAAAGCUGUCAGUGUUGUGAGAAAAGGGCUGUACAAAAACAAAGAAGACGAUUACUGCAAGAAGACAAACCUAGACAAUCUCGACUUUUGGCUUUCAUCAGUUUAUUCUUUGGUUGGUUUACAUGCUGAUGGUCAGAACAUAUCUGUUCCGCUUGCCUCACCCACAAUGUUACCUCCAGUGUUUUUGGUAUGUACUCAUGCCGAUGAACCCUAUUGUAGUAACAGGGAUCCCAGAGAGUUGGCGCUUGACAUCUAUGGAGUUCUCAAAAAGAAGCCUUAUAGAAACCAUUUGUUUAAGGACGUUUUUGUUGUCGACAAUACGAAGUCAGGAAGCGAAACUGACGAGUGUCCUGAGGUAGUGCGCCUCAGGAAAGAAAUAAUUUCUGUUGCCCAAAGUCUUCCACAGAUGCAGGAGGCCGUUCCAUUGAAGUGGUUAAGGUUUGAACAUAUUCUCCAGUCUUUACUUGAAAAACAGUACAAAUGGAUACCCAUUAAUGAAGCAAAGCGAAUUGCAACAGAUGAGUGUGCGAUCGACGGCGAUGAGCAAUUUCGGACUAUGCUUGAUUUUUUGCAUGAUCAAAAGGUUCUGAUUCAUUUUAAUGAAACACCAGAAUUGAACAACAUGGUGAUCUUAGAUCCCCAAUGGCUUAUUGAUAUCUUCAAGAAGGUAAUCACUGUUAAACGUUAUGAGCCGACAGAAUAUAUUCUUGAACAGUUUUGGCUCAAGCUGCAUGAGACUGGAAUCUUAGAUGAAAGGCUCCUGGUUCAUGAGUGGAAAUCUUUAAUUGAUAUGUACAGUAAAGAAACCUGUGGAACCCUUAUCGCGUUAAUGGAGAGAUUCAGCUUGCUCUGCCCCUGGCCAUCUGACGGAGAACACAAACAGUACCUGGUGCCAUCCAUGUUGAUGUCGCCCCCUUCAGACGACCUCGUUAAGCUACUUUCCUCUGUGAGAAUCCCUUCACUAUUUGUGAGGUUUGAUGUAGGCCGAGUGCCUCCAGGCCUGUUCACACGGUUAGUUCUCCAGUUUUACCAGUGGUGCAACCAGGAGUGGAAGAGCCAGUUACAACCCCAGCUGUUUAGUAAUUUUGCUCGGUUUCACAUCCUUCCUGAUCUAGGGGUGUCUGUCAUCAUUAUGUGCCAUUCCUCUGCUAUUGAAAUCGCCCUUCAUGAUGGAAGCAACUUUUGUGGAGCAAUGGUGGAAGAUUUCAUUGAUGAUUAUUCUAAUCUAGCCACCAGUCGUGCAAUUCAUUGGCAACUCAGACUCAUUCUCGAGUGCAUGCGCAGGGAGUUUAGCUGGCUAAAACACAUGAGGUACGAAAUGUGCGUUUGCUGUCCAGUGUGUUCGCAGAAAGAUCCUCUCAGAUGUCGUUCUCAUGAUGUCCGUGGCUGUGAGUGUCUUCACUUGUUGUCUGAAUCCGAACUUCAGAAAUUUCAGUAUUGUAGCCGACCUGGUUUUCGUGGCGACUACAGAAUUAACAUCAAAAUGUUUGCACCUUGGUUUUCACUAACAGGCCCUGAAAGCAGGACUCCAGUGAAUCAGGUCGGUAUCGGUCUUUUGUAAACGUUAUGUACAAAAUACAAUUCACGAGUGUGUUCUCGAAUACUACUAAAACCACUGCAGUUUUUUCAGAAGUUCAAUAUACAAAAUUAAAGCAUAAGUUAUUUCAGGGAGGAAAGAGUACAUAUAUUAUAUCUUGUCACUUUGGCCUUAACCAUUUGUAGCAAAAGAUAUCAUUAUUUAGACUCAUAAUACAACUUAAUGAAAAAAAUAUAUAAAAAUUAAACUAUAAAACAACAACAACAAAAUUAAGGGUUUCCAAACUGUAUAUUCUUAAUUCUUUGAUUUUGUUUUUUUCUCAAGCAGCAAGGAGCAUCAGGAUGUGAUCUGGGAGAACUGAGAAGCUGUAUAACUUACCAAGAAGGCAAGAACACUUAGAUCAGUACUUUUUAAACCCUGUGUUUUCUUAUCUAUUCUUUCUUUAAAUCCAAUUUUUAAUAGCAGUCACUUGACGUCUUCUGUUGUAACAUGUUUCUUUAAUUUCUAGAGAAGUCUCUUGCUCUUCCCCAUGAUGUUCUUCAGUGCAUUCAAUCUCAGCGGAGCGACCCCAAGGAAAUUGUAGUUCAAUUUCAAGAGUGUCUGCAGUUAACUCCAGCAGAUCUGGAAAAUCCAGUGCCAAAGACGCAACGAUGGAUUCGGUGCCUGGCUAAUAAAGCUAAAUCUCAAAAUAGAAUCGGCGUAAUUGAGUACUUGAGGACUAUAGCACCUGCCGGUACUACAGGUACGUCCACAACAAACUCCGUGUAAAAAUUCGUUGUUUCUUUUAUUACUACGAGGAGAGAUACUUCCAAGUAGUAAGUGAAGUUUUUCUGCAUCUUUCAGGCAAGAACUACAAAGAACACUUCUAUUUUCAACAACAGCCGGCACCUCAUUUUCGCCACCUUUAGACGUUAGAAAAAUUUUAUGUUGGAACUUUGUAGAUGUAGAAGUAUAUACGCAGAUUUGCAUGUACAGUUAUGGUGGUUUGUUUUAUUCACACCAUGUUGUUUGGUAACUAGGUCCUUUAUUGAACGAAAACCUUGAUGUGCGUUGUAUUCCUUUUAAGAUGAGAAAGGAACUAACAUUUGGUCUUUGUGGUAAGUGUUGUUGUUUUGUUAUGUCUUGCAAGCUUCUCACAUGUGUCUUCAGGUUUAUGUUCUGUCUACGAUGAUAAUAUUAUCCCUUAUUUCGUGAAUUUAACGUGUUUUCCAUAGAGAACUUCAAGACUACCGUAAAAUUCCGAAAAUAAGCCCCGGGGUUUAUAUUUUUCAAAGGCCCUUUUUGAGGGGCUUAUUUCUGGAGGGGCUUAUACUCGGAGGGGCUUAUCUACGGAGGGAAAUUUGCGUUUCAAAAUCGAUUGGGCUAGCCUUAUAGUUGGAAGUAAAUUUACCGUUUUUGCUUUGUUUUACUUUGUAUUUGAGGGCAAUCUCCAAGUACAACCCCCCGGGGAGCUUAUAUGUGGAGGGGCGAUUUAACGGAAGGUUUUUUCCGUUACGAGAUCGGGGGCUUAUAUUUGGAGGGGCUUAUACAUGGAGGGGCUUAUUUUCGGAAUUUUACGGUAUUUCAAAUUUUGGACCGUUACAAAGAAUGUCACGCGUGACGAAACACGUCAGCAAAGCUUGUAAAGUUGACUCGGAUGAUAGGGUAACCCUACCUGUAAAAUUUGCUUGUAAACCAGAGCUAACUUUAACCGGCUUGCUACUGUAACCCUAGCAAAACGGUAACCCUCUUUCCUUGUCAAUAGAUCCUUAUACAGCUGUGGUGUUAAUUUAUCCAAAUCUGUCAGUUAAUGGCGACUUACCGUAAAUGCUCGGAUUAGCGCCCGGGGCGCUUAUCAAAUUUUCUAAGGCGAGAGGGGGGCGCUUAUUUCGUGUAUCAAUUUUUGGCCUCAAAAUGGCACUAUCUUUAUUUCUAUAGUUAACCAAAAAGGUAACAAAUAAAAAUUCAAAAAACGUUGUAGAAAAUUAAUUUUUGUGAAUCUUGAAACGUUGAGUCAAUACGUUUUCAAGUUGCCUGUCAAAAAUGUAUUGUACUUCUUCAAUAGAACAGUUCUAACAAUGCGAGGAAAAUGAGAAGCAAACCCGUACGACUUUGAAGAACAUAAAAUUCUGUACUACCGUAAAAUUGCGAAAAUAAGCCCCGGGGCUUAUAUUUUUUAAAGGCCCUUUUUGAGGGGCUUAUAUAAGGAGGGAAAUUUGCGUUUCAAAACCGGCUAGGCUUAUACUGGGAGGGAAAUUUACGUCUCAUUAUCGACUGGACUAGCUUAUAGUUGGAAGGAAAUUUAUGCCUCUAAUUUGCAGAAAGUUUUUACUAAAACUCGCCUUGAGGACUUAGAUCUUAGUAAACCUCAGCCAUGCAUAUGGAACGAGGAAAUCCAAGCCAUAAGUGAACUACGCAAACAGCUGCAGCAAUAUCUGUGACACUUUUUGACUGCAAUAAUUUGGCACACGUAAUAGUUCUUUGGCAAAUGCAAAAAUUUAGGUGUUUCUGUACAGUUUUUGCUUUGAUUUAUUUUGAAUUUGAGGGCAAUUUCCAAGUACAAGCCCCCGGAGGCUUAUGUUUGGAGAGGCGAUUUAAAGGAGGGUUUUUUGAGUUACGAGUUUGGGGGGCUUAUAUUUUGAGGGCCUUAUUUUGGGAAUUUUACGGUAUUACGAAUGUCACAUUAAUUAAAAGUACCGUAUACGUCUCGUAUAUCGGUCCGAGUACUGAACCUCGUUUUUUCGCGGGGGAGGGGGGAGCUUAUUAGAAGGGGGUGCUUAUUCCAAAUUUUUAGCCUUAAGAGGGGCGCUAAUUUAAUGCGGGCGCUUAUUUGAAGCUGGAAACUACUUCGAGCAUUUACGGUAGUUUAUGCUCAAACUUGGGAGCGUUUGAUCUUGAAAAACCCUAUCGAGCCACCCUAAGUCACACUUUCGCUGCCAUCGAAGUCGUGGUUACUUAAGCACUCCUUUAUGCAAGAAUAGCAUCUCUUGUAUCAACAUUAUGUCAUAGUCAUACAAAAUUAUUUUUGUUUUAGUGUUCAACAAGUUUUAAAUUAAAAUCAUGGCUCAAACUUGAAAGACUUGAAAGGCCAGUUGUUUUCAAGGAGGCAUCUGACGUCACACAAAAAUAUAUUCCGUGUUCUAAACAGUAGGUCUUUCCUCACAAGCAAAACUGUUUCUAUAAACUUUCCAAUAAAACAGAAUCUGAAACAUUUAAAUCGCUUUUGUUUGCCAGGUGGAGAAGAAUGGAAACAGCUUGCAGAGAGCUUUGGUAUGUCUUACAACGAAAUCCGCUUUCUUGAUAAGAGAACCACCAACCCGUGCGACGUUGUUCUUGAUCUUAUUGCGAAUCACCGCUAUUUGAUGGUUGGGGAACUUUAUGACAGACUCGUCAUGAGCGGACUUCCAGGAUCAGCUGACUUACUAUAAAUUAUGUUAAGCUCUUUGUUAUUAUUUGUUAUUUUAAGCAGGUAAUGUCUUAAAGAAAGCAAAAAGAUAAAUACAGUGUACCAAUAAGAGUGGGGUACUACCCCAGAUUUCAUUGCUUGGGGGCCUUUAGGCCUUCUAUGAUUUUUCUUAGAGCCCAACCUUACUGCGGUAUUUUGAUGUAUUAAUGGAGCAUUGGUUAUGAAUUUAAUUUGUUUAUUUGGUACUUCCCCCAUUUAGAGAUGGUCUUUAUACGCAAGGCUAGUUAAAGUCAGUUAACCUGCCGUAAACAUAUUACUGCAAUGCAACAGUAUUAAACCGAAUAACUUAAGUUUUAAUUCUAGUCCUACAAAUGUAG